GCGACCCCUCCUUAUGUUUGCGGCGACCAAAUCUGGACUUGGGCGUUGGAAUUACUGGGGGCAAAAUUUGUCUCGAGUAUUUAAGGUGCCGAGUCCAUGGUUAUCCUCACAGUUAGUCCUGAACACUAGCCAUCUCAAAUAUCAAACAUGAAGUUCUUGGUUCUUUUCGCUUGCGUGGCUGCUGCCAGCGCUCAAUUGGUGACCUACCCCAACGGUGCCGUGGCUCCUGUUGAGACCCCUGAGGUGCAAGCCGCUAAGGCCGCCCACUUCGCCGCUAAGGGAGCUCCCUUCUACAACGGUGCUGCUUUGCCUUAUGCUUAUGGUGCCCAUGCCUUGAAUUAUGCCGGUGCUUAUGCUUACGGUUAUAACGGUCUCCAAGCUUACCCCAACGGUGCCAUCGCUCCCGUCGAGACCCCUGAGGUGCAAGCCGCCAAGGCCGCCCACUUCGCCGCUAAGGGACUCCCCGUCGCCCCCAUCGCCCCCGUUGCUGCCUACGCUCCUCUUGGAUACGCCAAUGCUUAUGCUUACGGUUACAACGGUCUCCAGGCUUACCCCAACGGUGCCAUCGUCCCCGUUGAUGAGCCCGCUGUCCAAGCCGCCAAGGCCGAGCAUUUCGCUGCCAAGGGUCUUGCCUACGCCGCCCCCGUCUAUGCCCAAGGUCCCGCUGCUUACUACGGACCUGCCUUGACUGUCCACGCUAACGGUGCCGUCGUCCCCGUUGAGCCCGCUGAGGUCCAAGAGGCCCGUGCCGCUCACCUUGCCAACUUCUAAGAAAAGAACCAACUAGUCUGUUUGAUUUGAAAAUAUUUAUUUCACAUUCAUUUGUGGAAUGAAACACAACCGCGAGUUUUGUUCAGAACCGACCAUCCGAGAAUUUUAUUGAACAAAAAGGAAAAAAACAAUUUCUCACAAUAAAAUUCAGUAAAAAAUCAAA